AUGUCCCUGUAUUUAUUACGAAAAACUGACGGCAAACACGUAUUUUAUUGGAUUUGUGUUAAUAAAUGUGGUGCAAAAGUUCGAACUGUGGAGACAAAUGAAAAAAAACAUGAACUAGAUUCAACGUUUUUUCCGGAUCAACACUGUCAUGCUCCCGAUCCUAUAGGCUUGGAAGUAAGAAAAAUAAAAGAAAAAAUUAAAAUGAAUGCGAAAAGUUCAAUCGAAGAUAAACCAUUACAGAUUUACCAGAAAUCUAUUAACAAUUGUUCCACAAUUGUUGCUUCACACGUGAGUAAGAAUUCAGUUCAACAAUUAGUAAAACGUCAAAGACGCAAUGUAGAAAACUAUAAAGAACCCAAAUCUAUUGAUGAAAUAUGUCUAGCCCCAACAAUGUGUCAAACACUAAAAGAUGGAACAUUCAAGGCUUGCCCGCAAAUUUUUGAACAAAUGUAUGUUAUUCACGGAUCAAUUAAACGUGGAACCAACGAAAUUUUCGUACCGUUAGUAUUUGCUCUGAUGAAUGGUAAAAGUGAAGAGCUAUAUACUCAAGUAUUUUGUUUAUUAAAUGAAUUUUGCAUUGAAAAAAAUAUUAAUAUUACACAAACUAAGGACUUAGAAAUAAUAACAGACUUUGAAAAAGCGGCCAUAAAUUCUUUAACUGAAAAUUUUCCCCGAGCAACCCAUUCAACAUGUUUUUUCCAUUUAUGCCAGAGUAUUUAUAGAAAAAUUCAAAAUAUUGGGUUAUCGACGAAAUAUGCUAAUGAUCCUGAGUUCAAUUCAACGAUAAAUGCGGCAGAAUCCUGGCAUAGAAAAUUAAAUAGAUUAAUAUCGCCACAUCCUGGACUACAUAAAUUAAUCAACACCUUACAAUAUACUCAGAACGAAACUGAAGCAGUAAUUGAGAUGCUACUUUAUGGGCGCAGUAAUAAAAAAAUGAAAAUUCAAGUUCAAUCUCACAAUAUACGUUUAAAAGAAGUGCAACAAAGACUCUUAGCUGAUCCAGGUUAUGAUUUACUAGAGUAUUUAAGAGGAAUAGCACAAAAUUUAAAAUUUUAA